UUGUGCUAUAUAUAAACUUACGGUAUCAAUAUUUAUAUUUUUCAUUCCAAAUUUAGUAAUUGAAAAAGGAACCAUCGGCCACGUCCACAUCGCUCGUGUUCUCGUCCCAAAACAUCCCUUUAGGACCUUGUCAUCCGCAUAUCAAGAUGCAGAUCUUCGUGCGUUCCGAGGUCACCCAUGUGGUGGAAAAUGCUGAACAACAAACAGUUGGAGAUGUCCGUGCCUUCAUCUGCCAAGCUGAAGGUCUCCCAGAGACUGAAGUGAGGCUGUAUGCUGCUGGAUCACCCCUUGACAAUGACAGCUUCCCCCUGUCCAACCUGAACACUGAUGCCAUUGACGUCAAUGUUGCCCUUAAGGGAGGUAAGGUUCACGGUUCCCUGUCCCGUGCCGGUAAGGUCAAGGGCCAGACCCCCAAGGUUGAGAAGAAGGAAAAGAGGAAGUCAAAGACCGGCCGUGCCAAGCGUAGGAUCCAGUACAAUCGCCGUUUCGUCAAUGUUGUGGCAUCCUUCGGCAAGAAGCGAGGACCUAACAGCAACUCAUAAGUUGAUAUGUACCCUCUUAAAGAAAUGAAAAAAAAUACAACCUGAGACAGCAUUUUUAUUUUUGAUCCUCAAUUUAAUUGGAUAUGUUUCAUGCCCAUUUUAUUUUGAAAUGCAAGAUAAUAAGAUCCAGACAGUUGAAUGUUAUCCUAAAUGGCAAUGAAAAAUUUUGAUGAAAGAAAAGUUUGAGUAAUUAUUAGUGAUUUGUGAAAUAAUACAUUUUUAGUGGAAGUUCUUUAAAUGCCUUUUUUUAAGAACAGGAGAGUAUUAUUUUAUAAUACCAUACCCUUUAUAUUGUGUUCUUGGUUUCUAUGGAAAAAGAACAGACUUGUAUUAGAAUUUGACUGAUAUAAUUUUGUUUAAACUUUGUACCAUUCAGUUUGUAUUCUUGGUUUCUGUGGAAAGGAGAUGAAUGAUUUUAUCAGAAGUUGAUUUGACUUUUUAUGCUAUUGAGUCUGGUUCCAUUCAAAUAAAUGUUCUUGUAAGUUCACUAAGGAAAUAAAAGUUGCUAAUAAA